AUGAGCAGGAGACAUGUUAUGGCUCCUAGGUUGUAUUCGACUGUAACAGACACAAUAGCAGCGAAAAGUACCCAAAAAACAUUAAAUGAGGGAUUCAGGAAGGAACUACAAAGAGUAGUUCCAGGAUACCACGACAGUAUACACCCAUUUUACCGCCCCAAUGUGGCAGAAAGAGCGAUUUUGUGUGCCACAGAAAGCUGUCCACAUCUAUUAGACGGUCAUAAGAUUGUUCCAGCAGUCAUCAAGCGUCCGCGUGAUAGCACCACGACGCUGGUAAAUGCAAGGUGGAUAUUCAAAUCUUCGCAUGCUGUCCAGAACUGGCUCAAAGAAUUUAAUGAAUUUGAAGUGACGAGGCAAGCUGAAAGUUUCGUUCUCAUACAGGAACGUGAUAUCGAACAAAUCAUAAGGCCCAGCCGCUUGAACCCAUCACAGUUUUCGGAACUUCAAAAGUUUGCUGAACUUUACAAAACACAGGAUACCUCAACUCUAGAUACAGUUCUUGUUUCCGGGCUGAUAGAAUCGCUAACAUCGCUGCCGGUGAUCAAGGUCUUUAGCGAAGAGGUCUUCUUGUACAUAUUACAGCACUACUGCAGCUCUAAACAUGGUGUAAUCGGCUUGACUCAUUCAAUGAUUGAGUUUUUGCACAAAGACAUUGAUGAUAUCAAGGUAGCGGAGCUACUAGUGUUGCAAUUGCUAAUUACACUGAAGAAGAAGCAGGUGCCUGUGGAUUCUGACGUAAUGUCAGCGGUCACCGAUCUGGUCAAUGCGAUUUCUGAAAGGUUUCACAAGGACAAUUGCGUGCUGAGUUUCUCGCCAGUAACUGUUCAAGCGGUUUUAGAUUUGCAUCUCCAAUUUGGCGACUUGAAUGGGGCCAAAAUGUUGCUUGCCCAUUUGGUCAAUCAGCGCAUAUGUCCGCAGUGUGUAGUACUAGAGAAGUACUUACUGCUUGUGGAUGAGAAAAUAGGCCCCGUGGACUCACCUGAGGCCUUUUUGAAGAAAUUUGCAUAUAUCUCAGACUUCAAAGCGAUAUUGGAAACUGCUAUCACCCCGACAUCGGCAUCCCUGUUAAUUCCUUACUGCCGCCAUUUUGAUGAAAUGGUCUCACUCUUGGAUAUUAUGGACCGCUCGAGGCUGAAGAAGCAAAUCUGGGAUCAAACGUUACCUCAGAUGGUACGAAGGGUGUCUCUUUUCGAAAGCGAUGCCGUUAUGAACUCUUGCAAUUUGACAGUACUGUUGCAGAGGGCCCAACGAGUUUACGGUUCGUCACUCUCAAACAAAGUUUUACAAGCUUUUAUCGUUCAGUAUGCGACCAAUGGAAAUUUCGCAAUGGUUGCAAAUUUAACUAAUCGGCUUGACGGACAAGUGAGCGCUAACUUCAGUGCUGGAAUUUUGGACGCCUCUGACUCAAAACAGACGUCAAGUUUGUUACCUGGCUUUCGUCCCGACGACAAACGUGCAUUUAUCAAAUCCUUCGUUCUGCCUCGAUACAGUUCACUUUCUGUUGCUGGAAGGCUUUGUGUUGUGGGAAAUGCAGAAACGGAGGAUAUUCUCGAGCAGCUGUUGCGAAUGGAGUCUAAUCUUAACGGGAACGAGAAAAAACUACUGCUACAAGAUGUUAUCACUAAGGCCAGAUCUUUGGGUCUAGAGGCUCUGACUUUAAAAUAUUCAAGCUAG